AUGGACUGGGAUCGCAGAAGGUUCGUUGGCGUAUCCAAACGGUUUGAAAGAAAGUUUCUAAGUAUUUCCCUAGAUUUGAUGAACGAAGAGGUGGAGAAAGCUAUCGUCCCGCCGAGAGAAACGGUCGUUCCCCUUCUCGGGGGUAUGAAAUUCGUCACCGGCGUUCGCCACCACGAAACCGAAGCCCUCCUCGACCACGAGCCGACACUUGGGUACCGUCAGCAAAUCGAGGGUACGGGCGCGUACGGAGUCGGUCACCACCGCCAUACCGGCGACGCUCACGUACUCCUCCGGGGAGAAACUUUGGUCCACCCCCCUACGAAAGACGACGAUCUCCACCAAGAAGAUUCUCGCCCAGAAGAGAUGACAGGAUCAGAUCACCGCCCCAAAAAUGGCGCUCGAAAUCGCCCUACAGUGAUGGCAGAUCACGCAACGCAUCCCGUGCUCGCAACAGCCCUAGACGAAUGCGCGAUACAACUCCUGGAAGCCAAGUCUUCCGAUCCGCGAGACGAGAUGGCCCUGCUAGCACAGCCAGAAGGCUUGUUGCCACAGGGCCCAAUUCAUGUAUCGCAUCGAGGCCACCCUCGUGAUGUGGCGAAACGAGAUGUUUCACCUGCACAAGCCUUGGCCUCACAACCCGCCCUGAUAUCUCGACGUUCAUCGCCGGCUACAGAAAAGCCUGUUGUGGCUCCCGAAAAAGCUCGUAGUCGGUCGCCGAUUCGCUCCCCGGUACCCCUGCAACGGUCGUCGAAACCCCAAGGUCGAUCUCCGCACCGGGAUCAGACCUACGAUACGGAGCCCUCUCACACACAACAACGCCCAGAUCAUGAGGACCGAGCACCAGUUGGCAAUCCUUCGCCUUUUUCGAUUCCAGAGAGAGAAUCCCAGACAAGUGGGACCAGGGUUGGUGGCAACAUCCCGACUCAACCGAAAAAUCACAGUGCAAGCCCACUUCCACUCCCGCCAUCAGGACCUUAUCAGGGACCUAGGCCGCCAUCUAACCAACAUCGUGGUCCUCCGCAUGUCUCUUUACUAUCCGCGCCGACUCGUCCUCGUCGCGGACCUGGCCCACGUGAAGCUUGGACGGGGUCACCGCCGGUACGUCGCGGGCCUGUUGCACCUUCACAAGCUCCACCAGUAGGUCCUCGCGCUUCUUUCUCAUCUCCGGUACUAGGUGGCAGUUACCGACAUCCAACUUCCCGGCAACCCGGCACUCCAUGUGUGACUCAACCAUUAGCUCAGAGGGGGAUCAACCAUCUUGCGGGGCUAUGUACUAUCAUGCCGGAAGGUCGGAGUCUUCCGUCGCUUCUAGAUCCUGCUGUGGAGAAGCGGUUGGCUCAGCUUGAUGUCGACAAAGAAAAACUACUUGAGCAGAUCGCAGAGACACAGAGGUCCAAGCGAGCGGAACUUCGAGACUGGGAUCGACUCGAUCGUGAAAGCUCAAUAUGUGCUCUUAAGAGCGAGCUAGCUGAAGGUCAUCUCCAGCGAAUGGCCGAUGAGAGCAUUGGGGGUGGAAACUUGUUCUAG